AUGCCUCGCAAGCACGUAUAUCGUAGCGAUCUUUUCAGCCCCGACCAGCUCACCUCAAAUGAGCUUCUGGAAUACGCAUUGGAGGAAUUACGGAGUGGCCUUACUGAAGACAAUUUCAAGCAUGUCUUUCAAGAGCUCAUCGAUAACGAGAGCCCCCAUAUUCUUCCUUUGGUCUUGUCGUUCUUGAGCGAGACCACUCCCUUGGUUUUGUGGAUGUUGCAAUCAUUUCCCUCUGAUCCAGUGAAUUAUGACGCCACCAUUCAUUACAAGAUUAUAUCUCGUCUAUCUGCAGAGUUCAUGUUAUCGGACUCCUAUUCUGUGCAAGACAAAGAGCUGUGUGCACGAUACUAUGAAACAACUCAAGUCACGUCCAAUGUGUUGAAAUUUCUUGUCUCUUUCCUCCAGGCCAUCAAUAUCCGGUCAGAUCAACGUAACAAGAACGGCAAGGUCAGCCAGAAGAAACGUAAGCAGGCCGAACGAGCAGAGAAAGCUGCAGCUUUGGUCGAAAAGGAUUUCGAUGUCCUGGAUGUCGACAUGCCUGAAGCGUCGAGCGACGCGUCCAUCCUCGUGGACAGUAUUCUAACAACUCAGAAGAACGCUCUUAAGUUCUAUUUGGAGAUGCUCCGUUGUCCCGAGGUAUCUCUGUCUUUCAAGGAACGUUCUAUCGUUGCCCCACCACCCGCCGAAGAGGAGAAGACCAUUAAGUUAUCUGUGACAACAGUCCCCGAGGAUCCAGCAGUGGUCGAGCUGCCAUCUGCAUAUCCGAAUGUUCGACCAAUGAAGUCGGCAUUAUACUUUGAUAGCGCCAAAGGUUUUGGUGAAUGGACAAUCAUCAUAUCCACGAACGCCGAUGAUUUUUUGCGGAGCACCCACAGAAAAGAUGUCUCUACGUUCAAAAUUAUUGUGAAGAAGAUCAAGGAGCUCUCACGCGGACACUUUUCCGAUGACAAUCAAAAGCGUCUGAGUGGAAGCGGGACUGAUGUUCCAGUAUUCGAAGCUAAGAUGACUCGCGAUCUCAGGCUUAUCUAUCAAAUCGAUGUAAUUCCAUGUGACGAAAGCAGAGAACAACAAGCUGUCAAAAUCUUUGGCAUCCAUACUCACGCCCAAAUCGACAACCGUCUGUGGAGUUCUAUCAGUAGUCAGCUUCGCAAAAAGGGAAGGGAGUACCGAAAAAGAUGCGCGGUCAGGAAGCGCGCGGAUCAAGCCUCGAAGGACACUUUCAUUCCAGCGUUCUUCCCUCCACUUCCUGAAGUACUUCCAGUGGAAAUUGAAGAUAUACCAGACCUACGUCCUGACGAAACGGCCCAGGUUCAUUCAAGGCUUGUAGUUGAGAAAUACGUCACAUUUUCGCAGCCUUUUUUGAAUACCAUCCUAGCAGAUGUAGAUGCAACUUUUCCUCAUAUGGUUUCCACUCAAGAGAAACGGAUUAUAGAGCACCCAAAUUCCUGCUAUGUUAUAGGUCGCAGCGGCACAGGGAAAACCACUACCAUGUUGUUCAAGAUGUUGCUCAUUGAGCGAACAUUUCAACUCAUGGAGUCGGAUUUGCCCCGUCCUCGUCAAGUCUUUGUCACUAAGUCCAGAAUGCUUGCAAAGAAAGUGCAAGAAUAUUUUUCGAAGCUGGCCGGUUCCUUAGCAAUGGCGUCAAGAACAUUUGCUGAGCUCAUGCGCUUACCAAAAGCAGCACAGGAUCAAGAAGAUUUGGGACUAGUUGAUGUUGACGACAUCGUAGAUUGGCGAAGCGAUCUUCCUGCCAAGUUCAGCGAACUCGAGGAGAAACAUUUUCCGCUGUUUAUAACAUUCGAUGGCCUUUGCGACAUGUUAGAAGCCGAUAUGAGCACCAAAAUGUUGGCCCCCACGAGUCCUACUGACAGAAAACGCGCUAAGACUCAUAGGGGUGUUAUUACGUUCGAGUCCUUCUUUGAGUUUUACUGGUCGCAUUUUCCCGAGCAUUUGGUGAAAGGAUUAGAUCCUGCCUUGGUAUUCAGCGAGAUCAUAGGUGUUAUCAAAGGCUCAGAAGAGACGUUGAGCGAAGGGAAGCGAUAUCUUAGCAGGACUACUUACCUUGAUCUCAGCAAACGCCAACAAUCCACAUUUGCUGACCGGAGAGACGAAGUGUACGAAAUUUUUGAGUCGUACAUGCACAAAAAGAAGUUGCGAGGAGAGUAUGAUACUGGCGAUCGAACCCACAAUAUCUUGAAGUAUUUCGCGGAGAAAGGUAUUCCCGGACAAGGUAUCGACCAUUUAUACGUCGACGAAGUGCAGGAUAAUAUGCUCAUUGACACGAUGGUCUUGAGGGCACUAUGUAGCAACGCGGAUGGUCUCUUCUGGGCAGGUGAUACGGCCCAAACCAUUUCCGUAGGAAGCUCUUUCCGUUUCAAUGGUUUAAAGGCAUUUCAAUGGAAUAUUGAGGAUCAGUACCGGAAGAAGCGCGGACCCGCAGCUGCAUGCAAGCAGCCGCCUGAAAUGUUUCAACUCGCCGUCAAUUAUAGGUCCCACGCAGGCAUCGUUGAUUGCGCCCAUUCUGUCAUUGACCUUAUCACGACUUUCUGGGAGGAUUCCAUUGAUCGUCUUUCUCCAGAGAUGGGCAUUGUAGACGGCUUUAAACCUGUCUUUUUCGACACUGAAGAUCGUACGCAAUUGGAACAGUUCAUUUUUGGAAAUGUCGGUGAUCACAUCGAGUUCGGAGCUCAGCAAUGUAUCAUUGUUAGGAAUGAAGCGGCGAGAGAGAGGCUCCAGCAGCAAGUGGGCGAAGUUGGUCUUGUGCUAACCAUAUACGAAAGCAAAGGACUCGAAUUCAAUGACGUCCUUCUUUAUGAUUUCUUUGCCGAUUCAAUUGCCGGUCCUUCAUCCUGGCGAGUUGUGCUGAACGCCAUCGAUGAAAGCAAGCAAGACCCUAGGAAUCCACCUCCGCGAUUUGACGGUGUUCGUCAUGCAAGUAUUUGUAAUGAGUUAAAAUCCCUGUAUGUUGCAAUCACCCGAGCUCGUGAAAAUAUCUGGAUUGCAGAUGGUUCUGAAACGGGAGAACCCAUGAGGAUCUUUUGGACGAGCAAAGAUUUGAUCCAUAACUAUACUCCGGGAUCCGAUGCUCCUCGCCUUGCGUCUUCAUCAACGCCCGAAGAAUGGGCUGCAAAAGGACGCGAGCUUUUCUAUCGAAAGCAGUUCUCGCAUGCUAAGCAUUGCUAUAUCAGGGCAAAUCUUCCUGUUUUGGCAUCCAUCGCAGGUGCCUAUGAUUUGCGGGCGAAGGCUCGUAAAAUCAGUGGCACGUCGAGAUCAAAGGUGCUCGAACGGUACGCUUGUUUUGCAGAAGCAGCCGUCUCGUUCUCGGAAUGUGCCAAGGUCACCUCGAGCUCAAAGGAUUCCUUAACCUAUUUCAGGAUUAGUGGGGAAUGCUUCGAACAAGCUGACCAGAAGUAUCGAGCUGCCCAGAUGUUUUUCCAGGCACAGGAGUACACCCAUGCUGCAGAGCUGUAUAGAGAUCUCGGAAAGUUUGACGAGGCAGUGGCAAUUGUGAAGGCUCACGAAGGCGAGAUGUCAUCGAAAGUGGUCGAAAAUGUCAUCAAACUCGCCAGACUAACGUACUUCUCCAACCGCCAAAUGAAAAAGGCACACCAGUUAUUUGACUCCCUCGAAGAAGAAUUGGAGUAUCUGGAAGAAAGAGACCUUGAUAUUGCUCUUGCGGAAUUGCUAGAAUCAAUGGGUCGACUCAGCGAGGCUGCUGAACUUCAUUAUUCUGAAGGUCGCAGGGAAGAAGCCAUCGAACUCUUUCUUCGUGAAGCAGAAAAUGAAAGUGCUUUGCGCCGGGCUCAAGAAUGCAUCCUUGAAGAACUUUGGCAUAGAGUAUCCUUUGGCGUGGACUCUCGUGCUAUAUGCUCAGAUCCCGUUGUGUCGCGGCUGAUGCGGUUUGCUUCGCGGUUUGAUGCGGCUUUGAUGAGGAAAAUUGAAGCAGCUGAACUAUUCAUGUUCACUGCGAUCAUAAAAGAUCAGACAUCUCGACUGCGUGAGCUGGCAUUGGAAUUUCACGAGAUGGGCCAUAAUUCCGCGGCUUUGUUAUGCCUCGAUCAAUACUUCUCGCGGGCCUUUCGAAUUCAGAGUAUGGUCCUCGCUGACGCCGUUGAAGAACUCAACAUGUUCCAUUUUUAUGUGAACCUGCUCUCCGCUGCCGCAUACCGAACAGACCCAUGCGAAGAUGCCAUGACUGCCGCUCUGUUCGGUUUCCGGCGGAUAGCGGAAAAUGAAUAUCUCGUGCCCCAGAAUACGUGGUUACACACGGCAGCCCUUGAACUUCAACUCAGGAGCGCGACCAGUGAUCUUGACCUCACCCUGUCGGUACCAGAACUGCGUAGCAUAUUUCAGCGUGUUCUGAGAGGUCGCCUCAAACAGAGGACUGACGCUGAGAACAGCGAAUGCGCGAGAAGCAAAGCAUUUCUGCCUUGCCUAGUUUUUGCUGUAUCUGGGUUUUGUAGACGGCCAGACUGCCCGGAAGCUCAUGUAUCACCUUCUGAGAUAGAUGCUGGCUACUAUAAUAUGCGCAUCCGCUUGCACCUGCAACAAAUAUUGAUUUUGCAGUCACUUAGGGAGAAUGCUCAUCAGGAGGUGGAAGGCAAAGGUACCAAAUUUUGGCUCAACCGUCUUUAUGAAGCUCUUUAUCCGCCCCAUCAUGUGUUCGGUUCUAUCUCGGACCUUGCUCUUUCUACAAUUCCCGAAGCUACCAAAGCAUUGAACGUUGUCAAAGAUUGGGUGCGAACACUUGUGUACGGACGGGCAUUUUUGCCCUAUACGACUUUCCUCACAGACGUGAUGCGGGCAACCACAUUGGCAUUCAUGUUUGACCGGAGUCAAGCCGUUUAUCUCAGAAAUGCGGCAUAUUUCAGUAUACGCACUCCACCUGCGUACAUUCGUCGAGGUGGUUCACCCAUACUACCGGAGCUUCUGGGUGCGAUGUCUGGGACUUACACGUGGUCUCUUGCUGCCGGUUUUGCAUUCGUCGAGCAAGUUCUGCAUGUUAUUAUGCGACAAUUACCGAUUAACAUAGGUGUUCUAUGUGACCUGGUGGACUUUCUUUGCAGCUCUGUUAUCCUGUGUGGUCGUCGCCCUGGAAUGACGGUGCUGCAUGACGUAACAGUUCCUCGCAGUUGGCUCCUGCGUUUUAUCAAGCAUGAUUUGCCGUACUUGAAUCCAAAGAUACAGAUAAACACUUUUCACUUGCUUUUAUCGCGUAUGUGGGAUCUUUUAGAACAGUUGUACGACGGCAAUGGCUCGGAAUAUCUUUUGUACGGAACUACCAGAAAUCUUUCUAAUGUGCCAGCGGUAAUUCGUGAUGUUUAUAUGGUCAGAAUAAUCAAGGCCAUUGGGCUACUUGGCUACAAUAUUCGUAGCGACCUUUUCAGGAGUAAAGUCCGGAAGUUGUUACUGUCGAUGCGCCGUGAAGGACGAUUGCUACCUUCUUUUUAUAGUCGAUAUGUUGAUGCAAUAAGCUACUCGUGGGACGAAUUCGCAAAGGUUCUCCGCCGUUCGCUGCAAUAUGACACCACGGAUGAGAUGAUUCAGCUUUUUCAUAAGAGCAGGGCUCCGGUGAACCUGAAUGCCUUGCUAGGAGUGCGUCAGGUUGUCUACGACGAUUUAGCGAAUAUUCAAGUACUGCUUGACCCCAGUGUCUCGACAGCGAUCAGUCAAACCUCUGAACCGCAUGUCGAGGUUUCCAUGCAGAUGGAAGAUGAUCAAGCCGAAGAGAUAGAGCAUCUUCCACGGGUUGAGGCUGCUCGCGAAGAAGGAGAAGACUCUGUUGACGCAGUUGAUAAUACCGUUGAUGUCAUUCCGAUACAAGACAUGACACGACCAGAGCCUUCAGAGCAAGAAAUAGACGCCGCAAUCCAGAUACAAAGAGCGUAUAGGCGCGUUCUUUCUCGCCGACGAGGCGUUGCCAAGAGCGGAAUAGCCGGCCUUCACGCGCAAAUAUACGCGUCAUGCGCCAAAGAAGUAACUCGGCUUGGUGAUAACUCGGGGUUGUACCUUCGCUUGUUUCUGGGUCCGCUGCCGCACAUCUUGGUUUGUCUCGAGACUGUUCGUAUCGAUUCAUUGAAUUACAAGAAGAAGACGAAAGAGAGGCUCAAAGAGUGUAGCCCAGAUGAAAUGGAUGCGCUUGAUGAUCUCUUAACGCAGACCAAUAAGGCGAGCAAGGCGUCAAUCAAAUUACAGAAGGAUCUUGGCCCAAGUUCUAUGUUUCACGAGCGUUGCGACGACAAGCAGCUCAGAAAACUAGUGGAAGAGGCUAGCAAAUUGGUUUCUUCUCUCCCAUUCGGCACUUCAUCGGAAUUAUCGGAUGAUUUGUAUCUUGCUGUCAAAGGGAUCGUAACUGAACGUUCGCUUCCAGGUGCUGGUAAAAAGCCCGUGAAGCCGACACUCAACAUUGAGGACGAUUACUGUUACUGAUCUUGUCCUAAUAGCUCAAUACAUCUACCGUCUGUAAUAUAUAAACUCCCUUUGAUCAUUCACGCACUGUCGCUGAAACAUUGGAAAACACAUCUAAACAUGUCGUGUAGGCAGUUCAUCUGCUACGGUUGACCCCAAUCCGCCGCUGUCCUUUCCCAACUCACUGCCCAGCUCAUCAGACAAUCAGCGCGUCUCUGUAGUCGCUUUGAAUUGCUUAGCAAAGGCGAUACGCUUGGGCAACAUAUAUCUUAUGUCAAUCCACCGCAAUGUGAGCGUCAUGACGAUGACGAGGAUCCAGAGUCCAAGAGACACCUGCCAGCCAUACUUGUAAUGAGGAGCUUGAGAGGCUGGCCAUACGAGAACUUGAGACCAAGCGGAGAUAGCGUAGUAGACAGCGACAGCUGC